GGCACAGCUCCUGCACCUGUUUCUCUGGCACCUGACAAAGAACAGCUCUGCUCUCCGCUGCAGCCAGGCUUGAUCUGGAUACCUGUGGGGGCACCCUCUGCUCCCCCUGCAGCUUCCCCUGCACCCCAAGGCUCCUGUCCUCCGCCCCUUCUCCAGGGAAGCAGCCAGGAUUACAGCUCCUGUCACACCCAGGAGUCCUGAGAGCACGGCCCACCACCCCAGGCCCAGCGGCACCCCCACUUCGAUCCCCACUCUGCUGACGUUGUGCUUAAAGACCCUGCUCCCACCUCCCGCGUAGCAGCUGCCUCCUCAGAAGGUCCACCGGCCCCGGUGUCGUCUCUCCACGGCCUCUGCCUCCUCCUGACUCCCUGUGAAGCUGCCCUCCAGCAGCAAACGGAACCAUCCUGUAAUAAUCCCUGCAGGGCCGGGCUCAGCUCAGCAGUGCAGGCGCCUGCCUGGCAAGCUCGAGGCCGUGAAAAGUCCGGCCGCCAGCGAGCACCAUGACCGAAGUCGGUUGGUGGAAGCUGACCUUCCUGCGGAAAAAGAAGUCCAUGCCCAAGGUGCUGUACGAGAUACCCGAGACCUACGCGCAGACCGAGGGCAGCGCGGAGCCCCCGAGGCCCGAGGCCGAGAGCCCCGGCAGUGACUACAGCACGCGGCUGGAGAAAAUCGUGGACAAGAGCACGAAGGGCAAGCACGUGAAGGUCUCCAACUCCGGCCGCUUCAAGGAGAAGAAGAAAGUGCGCGCCAUGCUGGCCGAGAACCCCGGCCUCUUUGACGACCGGGAGGACAAGGGGCAGUGAGGGGAGCCCGGGGGGGGGCUCUAGCACCCCCUGCUCGCUGCCCUCAGCAGGGCCUAGACAGGGGCUCGCCACGCUGGCCUCCUGGUCACAGCAGAAGCCGUGGGGACAUUAUGCCUGCUGGCAGGAAGUAUGGGUUUUUAGGGUUGGGUCAUGUGCCCCAGAUCAGUGUACGCAGGGGGAGCAGGGGCUCCUCCCAUCAUCCCCUGACCACACACGAAGGCCCUCUAGGGCCAGAAUGGUGACCGUCGCCCCUGGCGAGGUGGCAGGGCCACAGGAAGGGGGCACGGUGUGCAGUGGAGACAGGGCCUCGGCAUUCCCCCGUGUGUCCCUCCCGGGCCCAAUCCCCGGAGGGCACGUCUUCCAGGAGCCCCGUGACUGCCAAAGGUGGUUUCCUGGGUGCCGGGCGGAGGCGUUGAACCUGAGCUCACAUCUUAAUGCAGGCUGUAAACUUCCUGGAACUUUGCACCGACGAGGAGGGGGAGAGGACCCGGGCACCCUCUGCGCAGCUGCACAAGGCCCUCAGCUGCUGGGUUCCCGUGGUGGCAGCCACUUGUGCCGGGCUGGGGUCACACAUCUCAAGGAUCGCUCCGCUAGGAGCUAAAAGCAGUCAGUUUUCUUUUCUCCUUCCCCGAUAUAUUUAAGAUGGAUCAGCCCCAGAGAUGAGUUCUGGGGCCUUGAAUUUUCUUUAAAAAGUAAUUGUGGGUUUCUUUGUAAUAAAGUUGCAAAAGCAGAGAACA